AUGUUUGAAAAGGAAAAGAAUGAUUCAACACCUAAUGUGAUAGUUCGAUGGUGUCAUCUUGGUGAUUCAAUCGCUCAAAAAUAUAUUCUCGUCUUAGAUGAUAAAGAAAUUAUUUAUAUACGUCGACCAUCACAAAGUGAUGCAUAUAAAGUUUGUAUUGAACAUUUAAAACCUGAUAAAGAGAUUAGACACACUAUUUAUAUCAUGGCAAGAUUGAAUAAUGACGAAGAAACAUAUCGAUCAGAUCCGAUCAGAUUUACUGUACCCGAUGAAGUGAAUCAAAAGAAUAGUCAAGUUAUAGAAGUCUAUGUAGAAAAAUAUGCAAAUAAAUUUUCAAAAGAAAGAAAAAACCAAAAACAAGACAAAGACAAAAAAACAUCGUCAAUAUCAGGAAAUCAGCAACAUACACCUAAAACAAUGCGCCCUAUACCAUCACAACAACCUCCAGAAAAUAGCAAUCGUAGAUCUGAAACCGUAUGCACAGAUUUUUGUGGUUGUUGUGACGCACCACAUGAGACUUUUCCUGGAAUAUCACAUUAUUUCAAGAUAAAGUCUACCAAAACACUAUUAUCAUCACCUAUUCAAAGUACACCAACAAAUAAUCAUAAAGAAACAUUGCCUCUUGACAUAGGUACUACAUAUUCGAAUAAGAAAGAUAUGUAUGAUGAUGAUGAUGAUGAUGCUGAUGUAAUUAAUUAUUAG